AUGCAAAAAGAAGUAACUAAACCAAUUGAAAUACCCGCAAAUAUAUCACUUAAUAAUUUACAAGAUUUAUUUCCACCACAUUUUGGUAAUGAAGAGGCUGAUGAGGAUGAUGAAGAUGGUGAUAAAUAUGGAGAUGAUGAUGGAGAAUUUUAUGGAGAUAAUGAUGGAGAUAAUGAUGGAGAUAAUGAUGGGGUUAACGAUGGGGUUGGCGAUGGACCACCUUCAACUCUAUUAUAG